UGACUUGUUAAUCGGCGCAGACCCUACGGAAGGGACUCACUGGAGUGGAAUCCAAGUGGAAUUUGGAUUUGGAGAAGAGUUUCUUGAACAUUUACUCCUUCCUUGUUGGUUUUUUUCUUUCUUUUUUCUGCUCCCCUUCUCCGCCUUUCAUUGGAGAUGAACACAGAGCUUUUGCAUCCCAGAAAGUAGUCGCCGCGACUGUUAUCCCCAAAGAGACAAGCACACAUGUAGGAAUGACAAAGGCUUGUGAAGGAGAGAGCGCAGCUCGCGGCCCGGAGAGAUCCCCUCGAUAAUGGAUUACUAAAUGGGAUACACGCUGUAUCUGCCCGCUCCGAGCCCCGGCCGCCUCCCCGUCGAUGCACCGAAAAGGGUGAACUAGAGAAGUCAAGUCUCCCCGCUGAACUACUAUGAGGCCAGAAGCCUUGCUGCUAUAUUUCACACUGCUACACUUCGCUGGGGCUGGUUUCCCAGAAGAUUCUGAGCCAAUCAGUAUUUCGCAUGGCAACUAUACAAAACAGUAUCCGGUGUUUGUGGGCCACAAGCCAGGACGGAACAGCACGCAGAGGCACCGACUGGACAUCCAGAUGAUCAUGAUCAUGAACAGGACCCUCUACAUCGCUGCCAGGGACCAUAUUUAUACUGUUGAUAUAGACACAUCACACACGGAAGAAAUUUAUUGUAGCAAAAAGCUGACAUGGAAAUCUAGACAGGCUGAUGUAGACACAUGCAGAAUGAAGGGGAAACAUAAGGAUGAGUGCCACAACUUCAUUAAAGUUAUUCUAAAGAAAAACGAUGAUACUUUAUUUGUCUGUGGAACUAAUGCCUUCAACCCUUCCUGCAGAAACUAUAAGAUGGAUACGUUGGAACCUUUGGGGGAUGAAUUUAGUGGAAUGGCCAGAUGCCCUUAUGAUGCCAAGCAUGCCAACAUCGCACUGUUUGCAGAUGGGAAGCUGUACUCGGCCACAGUCACUGACUUCCUUGCCAUCGAUGCAGUCAUUUACCGGAGCCUUGGAGACAGCCCAACCCUGCGGACCGUCAAGCACGAUUCCAAAUGGUUGAAAGAACCAUACUUUGUGCAAGCGGUGGACUAUGGAGGCUACAUCUACUUCUUCUUCAGGGAAAUAGCAGUGGAGUACAACACCAUGGGGAAGGUAGUUUUCCCAAGAGUGGCCCAGGUUUGUAAGAAUGACAUGGGAGGAUCUCAAAGAGUCCUGGAGAAACAGUGGACAUCUUUCCUGAAGGCUCGCCUAAACUGCUCAGUUCCAGGAGACUCUCAUUUUUAUUUCAACAUCCUCCAGGCGGUUACAGAUGUGAUUCGUGUUAAUGGCCGUGACGUUGUCCUGGCAACCUUUUCGACACCCUAUAACAGCAUCCCUGGCUCUGCAGUCUGUGCCUAUGACAUGCUUGACAUUGCCAAUGUUUUCACUGGGAGAUUCAAAGAACAGAAGUCUCCGGAUUCCACGUGGACACCAGUUCCUGAUGAACGAGUGCCUAAGCCCAGACCAGGUUGCUGCGCUGGCUCGUCCUCUUUAGAAAAGUAUUCAACCUCCAAUGAGUUUCCUGACGAUACCCUGAACUUCAUCAAAACCCACCCGCUCAUGGAUGAGGCCGUGCCUUCCAUCAUCAACAGGCCGUGGUUCCUGAGGACCAUGGUCAGAUACCGCCUCACCAAAAUUGCAGUGGACACCACUGCUGGGCCAUAUCAGAACCACACUGUGGUUUUCCUGGGAUCAGAAAAGGGAAUCAUCUUGAAGUUCUUGGCCAGAAUAGGAAACAGUGGUUUCCUAAAUGACAGCCUUUUCCUGGAGGAGAUGAGCGUUUACAAUCCUGAAAAGUGUAGCUACGAUGGAGUAGAAGACAAGAGGAUUAUGGGGUUGCAGCUGGACAAAGCAAGCAGCUCCCUGUAUGUCGCCUUCUCCACCUGUGUGAUAAAGGUUCCCCUCGGCCGGUGCGAGCGACACGGGAAGUGCAAAAAAACCUGUAUCGCCUCCAGAGACCCAUACUGUGGGUGGUUGAAGGAAGGAGGUUCCUGUGCCCAUCUGUCACCCAACAGCAGACUGACUUUUGAACAGGACAUAGAGCGUGGCAAUACAGAUGGCCUCGGAGACUGUCACAAUUCCUUCGUGGCGUUGAACGACAUUUCAACUCCUCUACCAGAUCAUGAAAUGUCUUACAACACAGUAUAUGGGCACUCCAGUUCCCUCUUGCCCAGCACCACCACGUCAGAUUCGGCUGCUCGAGAGGGGUAUGAGUCUAGGGGAGGAAUGCUGGACUGGAAGGAUCUGCUCCAUUCACCUGGCAGCACAGACUCUUUGGGGGCAGUGUCUUCCCAUAAUCACCAAGACAAGAAGGGAGUGAUUCGCGAAAGUUACCUCAAAGGCCACGACCAGCUCGUUCCUGUCACCCUCUUGGCCAUUGCGGUCAUUCUGGCUUUUGUCAUGGGGGCCGUUUUCUCGGGCAUCGUCGUCUACUGCGUGUGCGACCACCGGCGCAAAGACGUGUCCGCGGCGCAGCGCAAGGAGGAGCUCGCCCACUCGCGCCGGGGCUCCAUGAGCAGUGUCACCAAGCUCAGCGGCCUCUUCGGUGACACCCAGUCCAAAGAGCCAAAGCCAGAGGCCAUCCUCACGCCGCUCAUGCACAACGGCAAGCUCGCCACUCCCAGCAGCACCGCCAAGAUGCUCAUCAAGGCCGACCAGCACCACCUGGACCUGGCCGCGCUGCCCACGCCCGAGUCCACGCCCACGCUGCAGCAGAAGCGCAAGCCCAGCCGCGGCAGCCGCGAGUGGGAAAGGAACCAGAACCUCAUCAACGCCUGCACGAAGGACAUGCCCCCCAUGGGCUCCCCCGUCAUUCCCACCGACCUGCCCCUCCGGGCCUCUCCCAGCCACAUCCCCAGCGUGGUGGUCCUGCCCAUCACCCAGCAGGGCUACCAGCAUGAGUACGUGGACCAGCCCAAAAUGAGCGAGGUGGCCCAGAUGGCCCUGGAGGACCAGGCGGCCACCCUGGAGUAUAAGACCAUCAAGGAACAUCUCAGCAGCAAGAGUCCCAACCAUGGGGUGAACCUAGUGGAGAACCUGGACAGCCUGCCCCCCAAGGUCCCCCAGCGGGAGGCCUCCCUGGGCCCCCCGGGAGCCUCCCUGUCUCAGGGCGGCCUGAGCAAGCGGCUGGAGAUGCACCACUCCUCCUCCUACGGGCUUGACUAUAAGAGGAGCUACCCCACGAACUCGCUCACGAGAAGCCACCAGGCCACCACUCUCAAAAGAAACAAUACUAACUCCUCCAAUUCCUCCCACCUCUCCAGGAACCAGAGCUUUGGCCGGGGAGACAACCCGCCCCCCGCCCCGCAGCGGGUGGACUCCAUCCAGGUGCACGGCGCUCAGCCGCCCGGCCCGGCCGUGACUGUCUCGAGGCAGCCCAGCCUCAACGCCUACAACUCAUUGACCAGGUCGGGGCUGAAGCGCACCCCCUCGCUAAAGCCGGACGUGCCCCCCAAACCUACCUUUGCCCCCCUUUCCACAUCCAUGAAGCCCAACGAUGCGUGUACAUAAUCCCAGGGGAGGGGUCAGGUGUCGAGCCAGCAGGAAAGGCGAGGCGCACGGUCGGCGCGCACGGUUCUCAGCGGCCUGAGGACGCACCAGACCAAGCGGGCCGCGCAGAGCCCAGGACGCUGCGUCCCCGUCCGGGAUUCGGGGGGACUCUCCAAGUGGCCCACGUGGUUUGGUGAAGGUUUGCGACGCGGGACUCACCUCCAUUCUCUUCCUUCACUCCC